UAAAAGAACUCAAUAUAAUUUUAUCUUAUAGUUUAUUCAAAUUUACACAAAAUAGAAUUUUAAAUUUUAAAUUUCAUUCUAACUCCCCAAGAAUUAAGACUUCUAAGUAUGGUUUUUAUUUUUAUUUAUUUUUUUGAAUAGAAAAAUAAUUUUUUUCUUCAAAUAGCCAACUCCUCGUGUCUCCGAGAAAACUUCAUCGCAGACUCGCAGAAGAGUCUUCCGUUUUGGACUUUUGGGUCUUCCCCAGGAUGACCUUAUAUUUGAUCUUGAAGUAGUCUGUGCAUCCAUUGAUCAGCUCCAAAAAUCACAAGACAAGGGCUCCAAUGACGUCAAUUACCUCCCUGGAACUGAAAAUCAUGUCCUGCAAGGACCUCAGAGCCUUCAAUUUCUUCCAAAAACUCGCAAUCUACGCCCUCGUCUCCAUCGUCACUGAUAAUUCGAAUGCAAAGCCGGAGCGGAAUCGGCAGAACAGGACUCCGGCGGACAAAGAAGGCAACGGGAAUCCCGAAUGGAACCACGAGGUGCGCAUCGAUUUGAGCGACGGCGAGGACGCGGAUCAUCUGUUCCUGCACUUCGAACUGCGUCACGAAGGAGCCAUGUUCGGAGACAAGACCGUCGGAGAAGUGCGCGUGCCGCUCAAGGAUCUAGCCGAAGAAUCAAACGGUGUUCUUCGAUUCGUGAGCUACCAGGUCCGAACCACCGACGGAAAGCCCAACGGCGUCUUGAAUUUCUCCUGCAGGAUCAAUUGCAAGGGCAAUUAUGAGAGUUUACAUGCUCAGGAUCAGAACAGUCAGAUUCACUAUCCCGCCAUCGAAGAUACGAAUAAUCAGAUUCUCUACCCCCAAAUCGAAGCAAUCCACUGUCCAUCGCUUGGACCUGCGAGAUCUGAGCCGCAAGAAGUUCAUGCCUCUUUUUCCUAUGGAACCGAUCAGUACCAAUCGCAUCCGCCUUAUUAUCCACCACAAGAUAUUUCUUAUCCGCCACCGCCGCCGCCUCCGCCUCCGCCACCGCCGCCGCCUCAAUUUCAUCCGCCGCCAUUGCACGGGGAUUAUCACCGGCCGCCACUUCCUUACGGUUAUGGUUACGGCGGACAAGGGGGGUCGCCGGAGAGCCCUGGAUUUGGGUGGUAUCGGCGGUAGGGUUGAAAAUGGUGGAUGGAAGAUCCGAUAAUUGGAGAGACGAUGGUGAAGACAUUUUGGUAGCGGAGAGUGCGACUCCGGUGCUUGUUUCGUUGAAUGGCAGUUGAGGCGAGGACGACCUUCAGACGACAUUGUAGAGCUAUGCUCUUCACUGUGACGCUUUGGCGGGUUCGAAAGAACUAAAAAUUGAUAUUAAAAAAAGAAAAAAAUGUACUGUAUUAUUGUGACUUUGUGAGCACAUAAAUGACAAUUUGUUGUAGUUGAUGCAAAUUAUUGCAGGGGGUAAAUGGUUUUGGUCAUGUUAAUAUGAAUAAAAUUUUAAAUUUUAUGUAAUA